AUGGCAUCUUAAUAAUAAUAAUAAAGUACUCAACAACAACCAUCAUAAUAAUAAUAAUAAUAAUAAUAAAAAUAACCUAUCCGAUAGCCAGAUGUUAAAACCCAAUUGAAAUAACUUUAUGAUAAAUCAAGUAUUCAAUUUGAUGAUGAAACACUUUAAUUAUGCCCAUAAAUUUCAAUUUUGAAUAAUUUAGUUAAGUAAUCAUCCUUUUACUAUUUAAAGAUAUGAGAAUCGAAUAGAUUAAAUGAUUAAAAACAAGCGAGUUGAUUUAUAAGAAUCAUUCAUCCAGCCAGGAUAAUAUCUAAAAAAGACUCUCAGAAUCAUAGUCUACUCUGAAUUAGUUUGUGAUGAAUGGAAUCUUUUUAUCAAAGGCUAAGUUCUUUCAGAGGAUAAAAAGCCUUUCUCCUAUUUUAUUAGAUAACUUGAAGUCCAAUUUGAUAAAACCUAUUAUCCUUCUUAAAAUGUAAUUUAAUGGAGCAGGAACCAUAUUUAAUAACAACAAUAAUAAUAAUAAUCACAAUAAUAAUAAUAAUAAGAAACAAGUGGAUUUCACAUUAAAAGAAAAGGACCAUCUUGUGAUGUAAUUAUUUCAAUCAGUCUUUAAACUUAUCCAUAAAAGUAUAAAUUACAUAAAACACUUUAACUAUUGCUUGGAAUUAAAGAAGGAACAAGAUCAUAAAUCUUAUAUUGCUUUUGGGAAUAUGUUAAGGUAAAUAUUUUUAAUUAUUUUGAACAGUUAAAUAAUUUGACAGAUAAAGAGAAUAAAGAUUAUAUAAUUGCUGAUGAAUAAUUAAAGUAAUUAUUUGGAUAGGAACGUAUUCCUUUAUCUAAUCUUAAUAUGCUUCUAAAAAUGUUUAUAGAAAAUCCAGAACCAAUAAUAAUAAAACAUCAUUUGGGAGUUAGCAAUUAUAUUGGAUUUGAUGUUGUAGUUGAAUAAGAAAUGAGUUAUUAACCUGAAUUAAUGCCAUUUCUAGCUUAAAAGGUAGUGACAGAAGAUAAUUCAGAAAAGAAGUAAUAAAGAGCAGAACAUCCAUUUAUUUAAUUAAAUUAAAAAAUAAAAGGAUUUGAAAAGUAGAUUUAAAAAUACAUAGAAUAAAGCAAGAGUCAUAAAUUAAAGAGAGAUGCUUAUUAUUAAUAUCAAAAGAAUCCUAGUUUAUUUUUGGAAAAUUUAUUUUUACAAUAAAAUUCAUAUUUAGAACUUAUGUAAAAUGAUGAUGAAAUGCGUAAUGAUGAUCCUAAAAAUAUGAAAUUUUUAAUGAAAAAUUAGGAAUUAGUUGAGAGACAGAUUCGCAAAUAUUUAGAAUAACAAUAAUAACCUUAAUAAUAAUAAUGA